AGCGGUCAGGAACUUGGUGGGCUGUUUCGUUCAUGGCUGACUCGGAUGACGAGCGAAGAAAGGUAAACUAGGGAGAUGUUUGCGGCUUUUACCAUUAUGUAGUUAUGCUUUACAGUAUAAAACUUACUUCUUGUUAUUUUUAUGUUAAAUUAAGAAAUUUUGGUCGAGUUAUGGCUCCUAUAAAUGUGGAGAUCUUUCAAAUAAUGCCAAACGUACAGCUUAGUCGCUAUCAGAUUACGUUGUCCUUGGAUACGAACAAAUCCCAAUUAAAUUUUAUCCGAAUAGUUUUAUUUUGGACACUGGUUUUGUAAUCUUUAUAUUUCCUCGAAGUGAGAUGAAAUUUUUGCAUCUUCCUGUAAGAUGACGAGGAAAACUUUUGGCCCUUGUCAGUUAGAUUUUAUCUCAAACUAAUCACAUUUAAAGCGCAUCUUUGAGUUAUAAAUAACCGUAUUCGGCACAGUUAAUUCUGGAUUUCUUUGAUGUUUGUGUCGCAAGCUCUGAUAAAAACACAAAUAGGGGAAUCAUGGGUUACCCAAAAUGAAAUGUAGACACCAUAUUUACCAUUACGUUUUGCACAUGACUAUGCAGUCUUUUGAAGAAAGUAAAUGAUUUGCAGCUUGUCGUGAAUCAACCGUAUGAUGAAGCUCUUGAAGUAAACGACGACGAAGAAGUAGCCAGUACAUUUACUCCAAGUCCUAGACCCGCAGGGGGUAAAUCUGGUGGAUAUAAUCCAGGUGAGAAAAAUCAUAACAUUUAAAAAGCUAUUUGUUAUAAAUUGCCUGUCAAAGAGAGAUUUGCAAGCAGAGCACACAGAGCAUAGCAUCAACAAGAAUUUGGUUAUCCUGAAGCUGAGAAAUUUGGUUGACACAAGUUAUGAUUUUAAAAAAAAUGCUGAUGAUCAAAAAUCAUUUGACAAGAUCAAAGGUUUUACAGUCAGCCAUUUUAAGACAUCUUCCUUUCCAGUGGAGAAUAAUCCUCAGUGAUGUGAAUAAAAUUUUGAAUGCACUUCACAGUACAAGCCUUAUCCAGCAGGACUCUAGUUGUUACUAUUCCUUGCUCUGCACAAAAAAGUUUAAUAUUUUACUUUGAAAUCUAUGUAUUAAAGCCAAAAGUAGGUUUAUCUUAUAAAAAUAUUAACUUUGUUUACAGGAAUUGGAUCCAUCUCAAUGACUGACCAGAGUGAUGAUGAGUUUGACCAUGAUGACCUAGUUGAAAGGAAGGUUGGUAUAGAGAGAUGUCAAGUGAUAGCCCUCGCAUUAAGACAAUUUAAGAUUGGUUGUUUAGUAGUGUUGAUAAAAUUAAGUGUAUUAUUGAUUUAUACAAUUAAUCAAUGAUGCAUAUUUCUUAGUUUGCAAUGAAAUAUACAUUUAAUAGUUGAUCAAGAUGCCUUUCUUUCCAGGAGCCUCCAGCAGGAGGAUAUUCCCGGCCACAAGAGGCUUUACAGGGGGUUAAGGAGAGACCUGGGAGACCAACUGGCCAGGAAAUACCUACUCAACAAAAUGAAGAUGAUGAUGAUGAUGAAGGUGAUGACCAGAGUGAUAGCUCUGAGGAGGAUGAUGAUGAGGAAGAUGCACAUGGAACUGCACUGGAGGGGUAUGACAAUAUAUUUUACAAAAAUCAAGAUGAUGAAUUUUAUUAGCAGCGUAAAAGCUGUUUUCAGAAAGGAAUGUACUCUCCAGGUGUACUUUUUUUUUAGAGUUUUAAGCCAGUUUCCUUCUUCUCUCAAAAAGAGUAGGUGUGAACUCUUGACACUGGUAUGUAAGAUCUUCUAAAAAUCAGAUCAGUUAUAACCCAAUUAAAAUCUAAUCAAAGAGUUAUCAGCCAUAUUACUACUGAUAAUUCUUGGUGUGAUGGCUUUUUUUUUUAUCCUUUCAGGGCCUAUGACCCAGCUGAUUAUGAACAUCUACCUGUGAGUCAGGAAAUCAAGGAACUUUUUCACUAUAUCACUCGGUAUGUUCUGGUGAAGGAUACCAUGCCAGGCUUUUGUCUUCAGUUGUUUGAACAUGAUGGUCUAUCAUAUUUUAGUGUCUCAGUUGGUAAAGAAGAACUGAAUUAAUCUUUUUAGCACUGGAGAUAUCAUCAUUAUUAAUAAAUAAUGAUUAUAAUUAUGCUAAAAACAUUCUAAAAAUUAUUGCAAUUAAAGUAUUACAUGGCUCCUUUGUGACUGUGUUUCAAAUUCCUUUUGUUUACAUAGGUAUACUCCACAAUCAAUUGAUUUGGAACAUAAAUUGAAGCCAUUCAAUCCUGAUUUUAUUCCUGCUGUUGGAGACAUUGAUGCAUUCCUGAAGGUUAGAAAACCAGGAUUGAGAUCACUGCUAUAUGAUAUUGUCGCUAGUUCAAAGAGUCAUUAUGGAAAAGUGUAGGAUAACACUCUGCUUGUUUGAACUCAAAUGUAAAAUUCAGAAUUGUAUCCUUAUAUUCAGUAAAAAAUCUUGAUUGCAAUUUGUUUUUUAAAAGGAAUUAUUGAAAGAAGAAUGUUAUAUAAACUAAGGUAACAGAGUUUUUCCAUGGAGGUAACCUAUCCAAAAAAGGAAGAACCAAUACCUGAUGAAAAUGUAAGUUCUCUGUGCUCUGUGAGUAACUUAUUUAAUGCUCUUUACACAAAUUGUGCAGGUUACACGACCAGAUGGUAAACCAGAGACUUUAGGAUUGGUGGUUCUUGAUGAACCAAUGGCUAAUCAAUCUGACCCAACAGGUAUAAUAAACUAGUGAUUAUCCUAAUAGUGAUAGCUAGUUAAUGAUAAUUAAUAAUGGUAACCUUUGAUGAUUCUCAACACUGCAAUGUCAGCUUGUAAUUGUCAGCUCUUUCAAUUUCAGUGCUGGAUCUUCAAUUAAGAACUAUUUCCAAACAAACCAAUCUAAAAGCCAUGGUAAGUAAAAUGUAUUUGGCACUGCUGGGUCCAUUCUUGAUUUGACAGUAUUUUGCAAUAUUUUAGAUUUAAAUGUGCUGUAUUACAUUAUUUUGGUUAUAACAGUUAAGGACAUUGCUUGUCUUUUGAUAAACCUUUUAACUCCCACUAGUGACUAAGACAUAGCUUCUCCUUACAAUAUCAACUCAAUAUAAAGUAGACUAGUGAUAAAGAUGAAGAAAAAUGGUAAGUUAGGGGAUUAUUAGUUGAUCUAAUACCAAAUUAACCUAUUCUAAAAUAUGGCAGACACUAGUGAGAAUUACUAAAUUAAUUAAGAUCAGGGAGUGAAAGGGUGAAUGUAACACAAUCAUUUUGAAUUUGAUACCCUCUCAUUUUACCACUUUUCAUUAUCACUUUACUCUUUGUAAGAGAAAAGUAAUUAAGAGAGAAGCUGUCAAGAUCAUGAUACUUUGACUUCUUUUUUUGCAAAAUGCAUGAUUAGCUCUAACCUAGUGGAUGGUACAGAAUUUUUGUUUGAUGUAAGAACAUGUGAAAGGCAGGAAUAAGCAAGGAUGGAGAAGAUAAAAUGGAUUGCAAAUGAUGAACAAAUUCGAAAAAUUUAUCCUAAUUAUUUGAGAUACAGAAACUAUGGUGUAAAUGAUGUUGUUUUAAAUUGAGGAAGUAGUCAUAACAUUUCAGCUCUCCAAAGGCUUGAAUCCCAAGAGUCCGUUACUACAUUAUAUUACAAUUAUUUCAUUCCUUGUUUGUCCAGACUGUACGCAGCAUUGAAGAUCCAGAAAAGAAUCCUAAAGCUGUUGAUAACUGGAUUGAUAGUAUCAGGUAAGAAUGCCUGUUUAUCUCUUUGAAUCCUUUCCAUGCACAUCUGCUGCUAUAUGAUUUUUGGACUGUGCUUCUGUUGUUUGUAGUUUGUUUGUGUGGUAGUGUUCUGUGACUCCUUGCAGCCUCUCAUUCAAGAAAUAUGUAGUGCUUCAAUCUUCACAAUUUUGGGUGUUGUAAAUGUCCUUAUGCUGUUUUUAGAUGUAUGCUAGUUACUGUAAACAUUUAAAGAGGAUGAUGUUGAUUCAAGGUGAUGAUUUUAACAAUUUUGGAUGUUUCUUUGACAGGGAAUUGCAUCGUCAAAAACCAGCUCCAACGGUUCAUUACCAAAGGUAAGGUGGUAAACUGGUUGUGAGGGAGCACUGCAGUGUAAUCCAUUUUCAAUGAUUGUAAUUGACUUUUAUCUGAAGUUAUUUGACAGAGGUAUUUGGUUUUAGAAAGGCAAGCUGGUCAGUAUAGGGAUAACUUUCAGUGGUCAUUUAAAAUAUUCUGUUUUCAUGAACUUAGGAAUAUGCCUGAUAUUGAAUCUCUUAUGCAAGAGUGGCCACCAGAAUUUGAAGACCUUCUGAACCAGGUAAACUUAAAAUUUAAUAGAAUUUAUUGAAUUCAUUGGUUAGGAGUCCUUAAAAUUUUUGUAAUAUGUGUAAUAUUAAGUGAGAUUCAACACUUUCUGGUCAUACACACAAUUUUACUCAGACUGUCCUUCUGUCAACAGGUUGGUCUUCCAACAGCUGAUUUGGAUGUGGAAUUGCAUCAAUAUGUUGAUCUUAUUUGUGGUAAGUUGUUGAAUUUUGUUUCCCAAUGCUUGUUGUAAAGCCAGGACAUAGUAGUUACUGUUAUGGCUACAGAAUGUGUUAAAUUCCAUAGCACUGCAGAUUUUCUGUCUUAGCGUUCUGAUUAUAAUUACAUCUUAAUUUUCUUUACUUGUGUUUCUGAUAGGAAUCCUUGACAUACCAGUGCACAAUAACAGGAUUCAUGCCAUGCAUGUACUGUUUACAUUAUUCUCAGAGUUCAAGAACUCACAGGUGCGUCACUAGACAGAUUGUUAAACUUUACUCUUGAAUGCAUAAUUUUGCAUGAAAACAGUUCUAGUAAAACAAGAAGUCUGCUUUUGGUGAAUCUCACUGUGCUGGCUCAAAAAAUUGGGAAACCAGCAUAUAGAUUUCCUAAUGACCCUUUGACCCCAGCAGGUGACUAUCAUCUAAUUUCUCUGAAUCACACAUUUAGGUCACAGGAAUAAAGGAAAUGAUGAUCAUCAAAUGAAGAAGGUCUUGAUUGUUAAACAAAUUCCCCUAAUCAGCGCCUUAAGAAAAAUAUGGAGAACAAUAUGGAGAAUAUGCAUACUGAUGUUUGGUUGCAAGGGGUUUAGAGAUAAUCAAAAUGAGAGCAGGGGUAAAAAGAGGAUGAUGCCUGCCAUGAUAUGAUAAUAGUGAUAAAAAAGAAUGUAGAUGGAUGGGGUGUUUAUAAAUCCUUUCUUUGAACCCUUGAAAAGUCUACUCUACUUGCCAGGGGAAGACAAGUUAGUCUCCAUCUCUUUGCACCUCAAAUUAAAUCUUCUGUGAGCAAAAAAUUAUUUCAUUUGAUGGUAAUAAAACUUAUCAGCAAUCCUUUUCCCUUUUUGCAACCCCCCCCCAUCCCCACCCCCAAUCAUUUUUUCAUCCUCUGUUUUUUUUCUUGCACAUAACAGCAUUUCCAUCAAUUGGCCAAAGACAACCAGAUGGCUAAUGAGAUGAAAGUGGACAAUGGUGAUGGCAUUGGAGGAAUGACUGCUGCAGCAGAACACUUGACUCUGGAAGGAGGAGAUACUCAAACCUUGAGCCUUGAUUACUAG